AUGAGAAACCAAACAAUAACAUUUAUCCUGCUGGGACUUACAGAGGACCCACAGCUGAAAGUUGUGAUUUUCAUCUUUCUAUUGAUCACCUACAUGUUGAGCGUAAUUGGGAACCUGACAAUCAUCUCUCUCACCUUCAUUGAUUCUCACCUUAAAACUGCCAUGUACUUUUUCUUAAAAAAUUUCUCCUUCUUAGAAAUCUCAUUUACAUCUGCUUGUAUUCCCAGAUAUUUAUACAACAUAUCAACAGGUGACAAGACAAUCACAUAUGAUAACUGUGCUAUUCAAAUUUUCUUCACUGAUCUCUUUGGUGUAACAGAAUUUUUUCUUCUUGCCACCAUGUCCUAUGAUAGAUACGUAGCCAUCUGCAAACCCCUACAUUAUGUGACCAUCAUGAACAACAAAGUCUGUAGAAGGCUCAUCUUUUGUUGCUGGACAUCUGGCUUGUUGAUCAUACUCCCACCACUUAGCCUGGGACUAAAUCUAGAAUUCUGUGACUCAAAAGUCAUUGACCACUUUGUUUGUGAUGCAUCCCCUCUUCUAAAGAUCUCAUGCUCAGAUACAUGGCUCAUAGAACAGAUGGUCAUAGUUAGUGCUGUGUUGACCUUUAUCAUGACUCUUGUAUGUGUUGUUAUGUCCUACAUAUACAUCAUCAAGACUGUUCUACGCUUCCCUUCUGCCCAGCAAAGGAAAAAGGCAUUUUCGACCUGCUCUUCCCAUAUGAUUGUGGUUUCUAUCACCUAUGGAAGUUGUAUCUUCAUCUAUGUUAAACCCUCAGCAAAGAAUUCAGUGGCCAUUAAUAAAGGUAUAACUGUCCUCACGACUUCUAUUGCUCCUAUGCUGAACCCGUUCAUUUAUACCCUGAGAAACAAGCAAGUAAAACAAGCCUUCAAUGACUCAUUCACAAGAAUUAAAUUGCUCUUAAAGAAAAGUAAGAAAUUUUGCUAA